CAGGGGGACGUGUUUUGCGGUUGCACCGUUCAGUACCGGAGCUAUGGAGCGCGGCCGCGGCAGGCAGCGCAGAGGAGGCGGCGGAGGAAGGAGGAGGCCAGGCUGGGAUAGACGUGGGGGCAGCGAUAGGGACAGGGGGCCCGAACGGGACCGGGCGGGGCCACCACCACAACCCGAGAGGAAGGAUGGUGAGAAUGUUGUCGAGCCCCCAGGAGAAGAAGAUGCUUCUGCAGGUUUCUCUCGAAGAAAGAUAAUUUCCAACUGGGAUCGCUAUGAAGAGCCCCCCGAGAAAGAGUCCGAAAGCAAGGUGCUACAAAGAGGAACAGAUUAUAGGGUCCUUCUCAGCUCAGCAGGAGACUCCUUCACUCAAUUCCGAUUUGCUGAAGAGAGAGAAUGGGAAUCAGAGAAUAUAUGCAAUAAACAGGUAGCAGGAGUUUAUUUGGAUUCCAAGGCUCUGGUGAAGGCUUUACAGGAGCUUCCGUUACAUCUGCGUCUGAAUGUGGAUUCUGAUCUGGUUCAGGAAGAGCUGCCUCAAGAACUUCCUCAGUUCAAAUCAAAUAGCAUUUCAAACCAGCCUCCAAAUAUUACCAAGCAAGUAGUCACAGGAGCAUCCGUGAGUUCCAUGCAAGACUUACUUCCCACACCACAGACAGACACAGGGAAUCUGCCACAAGAGCCACAGAAACACAGCUUGCCAACAGUAGAUGAGGAUCUGGACUUUUUGCUGGGUCUCGAUGCUCCAGUCAUAGAAGAAACACACACCAAACAUCAUGUGGAACUAACACAUGGGAGCAAGGAGAUCGAUCUUUGUGAAACCCCAGAAAACUCUGGAUCUUCCGUGACAGAUGCCGUCUGCCCAGCUGCUGCUGAGAAGCAAAAGGCUGUUACUGCUGAGGAUUUAGAAGACUGGUUGGACAGCAUGAUUUCCUGAUAUGUAGAGAACAUAUAGGGCUGAAACCGUAUUGUACCUUUGGAUGAGUCACCCUUCCAUUGGCUGAUAUUCAUACUGAAACCCGGUGCAUGUUUAGGUAGUCUAUCUACAAUUCACUUCAGCAUGAAAUAAAAUAUUCUGCACAAUUACAUAAACCUGUCUGUUUGGCAAUCGA